CUGAUACAAAGCAGGUAUCAUGUCAAGCUUAGAAGAUUCUUGGGUUUCGUAUUAUUACACAAUAGAAAAAAACGUCGCAAAAUGCGAUAUUUGUUACGCAGAUUUUCGUGAAAAUUGGCAAUACACAUUGGAUCUAGAUAAACACCUAACAAGUUAUCAUGAAGUUGAAGAAAAUAAAGCAAAAAGUAUCUGCGAAUGGCUGAAUAAAUUUUUUAUCAAAAAUUAUAUCAAUGCGAUCUAUUGUUGCUGCAAGUAUUGCCAUAAUGACAUUCCGUCUAAACCAGUAUAUUUAAUAAUCCAUUUAAAACAAGUGCAUGAAAUUGAAAUACCUUCGAAUAUCAAACCAGCAGGAUUAUGGUGUGGUACUGCAAAUAACGAAGAAUGGAUAUGGUAUUAUUUUUAUUUUACAAAUAUUGAAAGUGUAAAAUGUAAUAUUUGUGGUACAUGUUUUCCUGUUAAAAUAAAUACCAACAAUAUAACAGCCCACAUAAAUUACAACCAUAUAGAGUUUUAUCCAAAACCUAUUUCGAAGAAAGAUGUAAUGAAAAAAAGGUUUUUUUCUAUAGAAGACAAUCAAAUGAAAUGCAUUUAUAAAUGUGAUUAUUCUUCUCCUAUUUGUCGUCAUAUUUCUAUUCAUUCGAACGUGGAACUGCAACAACAUUUACUUAAUAAUCAUGAAAUCAAUCACGCUAAAACCAAUGAUCUUUUCAACUGGUUAAUGUUGUAUCGUUAUGUAUUAUCUUUUGAAACAUCAAAGUGCACAAUUUGCGAGAACAUGUCACGACAAAAGACUAGUUUAAUGACAAUGAUGCAUUUUCUAAAAGAACAUCGAAUCGAAUUUCUGUGUCAUCUAAUAUCGAAGAAAUUAUUAGGUAAAUUGGAGAUUUUAAAUUCUGAUAACGAUACCGAAGAUGUUGCUCUACCAGGAAGCAGCAGUCAGCAGCCAGAUCAGAGUAUUAACGAAAGUUCUUCCAAAAUCACACCAAGGUUGUCAGAUAUUAAGGAGGUUAUAAAUAAUGAUACAGAAAGUGUUGGUACAUCAGCAAUGAGCAGCUAUCAACAGAUAUUAAAUCUGGAAAAAAUGUUACCAGAUAUUUCAGAGAUUAAAACUUCUGAUAAUGACAUAGAAGGUGUUGGUACAUCAACAAUAAGCAGCUAUCAACAGCCAACCCAGGAAUUAUAUAAUCAGGAAGAAAUAUCAAGUAUAAAUGACUGUUCGAAUUAUGACCAAAUCACCAACAGUGAUGUCCAGAUUACUUUUCUUCAUGAGUUUGGAGAUGUUGAUUCUUAUUACGAUAAUGACGAUAUACUUAAUAUAAUAUGAAAAUGAAAAAAUUGAAUGUGUAUUAAUAUAAAACAAUUGGUAAUGCAUUUGACGAGGUUCGGUGACAAAUUUCAUUUGUAAUAAAAUUCUGAAUUUCUGAGAAA